CAGCCUACGAUCAUGGCGGAGAGCAGCUUCUGGAGUACGCCGGCAAUCUCGUUGCUGGUCGGAACGGCAAUGGUGAUUGUAAUGACGGCACUGCUAGGCCAAUGUGCGGUCCAAAUUCAGAAGGAUUAUGCUGCAUUCAUCGCUCUGGGCCCAGGCGGAACACCAUCUACAGUUGCGGGCUAUCUCAGAAUCAAGGUCCUGGGUCUUUUCGCUUUGAAGGACCCGCUAGCACCGAUCCCAGUCUCAUUAUAUUCCAGAGCACUGAAAGGGAACCUCGUUACGCUACCGCAACGCAGAGCGCCGCGUCCUGAAGUCCGAGGUAUAGCACCCCACAGGCAAGUCACGCAAAAGGCCAGUGACGAGAUGUUCCAGAAAAUCGAAUCGGCGAUUGCGGAAUUGGCAGCAUGCAGCAACAGUCUUGUUGUUGGCACUUCAUGCUUUGAGAAACAUAACACAGGACUUUUCUCGGUUUCGCCAGCUACGGUGACCUGCCGCGGUGAGGUAUGCCAUGCCCAUCCGAGUGACGGAUCGCUGCACAUGACUUUGCACCCUGCCGAUGCCAAGAUCGUCCUCGAAGCCGGAUGGGGCGAGCGUCACCCUUUAGCCCGCGGCGGGUGGCUCGAGCGGUUUGUCCCUCGGGAUUUUGUGAUGAUCUAUUCUCCUGUCGAAGAAUGCGAUCUCGAAAUCAUUCUGACGAUCAUCAAGGCUGCAGUGUGGAACGUCAGUGGA